AUGGCAACGUCGCUAUCCACUCAGGGGCGCGUGUCUACGUACACAAUCCCCGAUCGCAUUGUCCCCAUGCGCGUCAUCGUCUGUGGCGUCCAUCGCACAGGGACGUUGAGUAUUCGUAACGCGCUGUGGCAGCUUGGUUUCCACGAUUGUUACCAUAUGCAGACACUCUUCAAGGACCCAUCGCGUGCUCCAGAAUGGAUCCGUGCUCUCGAAGCCAAGUACGCCGGCCAGGGAUCUUUUACCCGCGCCGACUGGGACCGUCUGCUCGGUGACUGCCAGGCCGUGUGUGAUGUCCCCGCUGCCUUCUUCGGCGCCGAACUCGCGGAGGUUUACCCGGAGGCAAAGGUCAUCAUCAUGAACCGUGAUCCCGAGAAGUGGUAUGAGAGUGUGCUAAACAGCAUCUAUCUAAUAACCACGCCCAAAGACCUCUGGUCUAAGUUAAACAUGAUCUACUGCUACUUCCUGGACCCGAAUCUGCAGUACAUAGCCAGAUAUAGCAAAACCAUGAGGUCUCUAGUCCAGAAGUAUGACCACGGCAAAGACAAGGACAAGGCUCUGGCGUGGUACAAAGCGCAGUAUCAAGAGUUCCACGACCGCAUCCCCGCCGAGCGCUACAUCGAGUACACCAUCACCGAGGGAUGGGCGCCGUUGUGCGAGUACCUCGGUGUUCCGGUGCCAGAAGUCGAGGACCCCGAGACAGGUAAGAUGGUGGAGGCGCCGUUCCCGCAUCUCAACGAUGGUGAGACGUUUCGUCGGCAGAGCAAGAUUAUCAAGAAGAAGACCAAGGAGAGAGCUAACCAGAACUUGCUCACUGCCGUGGGGAGGCUGGCGUUGACGGGUGUCGUGGGAUAUGCUGGAUAUCUUGCGUGGAAGACUCGCCUAGGCGGACGAGUUUAG